AUGCCGGGAACCUCAGACAUUCAACUUUGCGUGGGGAUUUGGCUGCCUCGCACAGUGACCAAGGACAUCAACGAUGACGCAGCUCAGGCUUUGAGUCGCUUCGUGCGAAAAUGCGACACGCUGGAAGAGCUUCACCUUUCACACAACCGCUUCACUGAGCGGGGUGUGGAGAUGUUGGUGAGAGCUGCGGAGGAGGCUGGGGACCUGAAGUGGGAUGAGGGGCAACUUUAA